AUGACAGCUCUUUCCCUGGUUCUACUCGUGGCCUGCCUGCUGGGAAGUGCCUGGAGCCAUCGGUUGCAGGACAGGGUCCGGGUGCCGGUGGCAGAGGGGGAGUCGGUCGGCGCAAGGCAAAUUCAGGGCGAACUGCAGCAAGAGUUGCCGGAGGGAGGAUCUUCUCUGGGUUGCUACCCCGUCCUCAGGCCGCCCCAAGAAAGGAGCAUCCUGUUCCUGGAAGGGGCGCUGCAUCUAAACACGGACAACACAACUUGCAAGCGACAGUUGGGCGGACUCCUGAGAGCUCUCAUCGCCGCCUGCCUCGAGAAAACCCAGUCCGCAGAGGUGAACGCUUAUGGGCACAAGCAGCUGUUCGCUCCCUUCGCCUUGAAGCCGAAGACCUGCAAAGAGAGCGCGAAAGACAUCUUCCUUCACGGCGAGGACUUGGUUGGCACCUAUCGUGUACCGCCAGAGCUCGUGGCGGAUGGCAAGGUGCCAGACGCGACUGUACCUCUGGUGCAAAGCCUGGACUUCCUCAAGUCUUGGCUCGUCCCACUGGCAACCGCCAAGAAGGAUGCACUCAUUUGGGCUGGUUUUUGGACAGAUCCCCACGAUUCUCACGGCAAGCGGAGAAGAACCUCGGUCGAGAUGCUCGCCGAAUUUGCAAGGCGAACCGAACACGACACCGUGCAUCCUGACACAGUACUGGGAAGUCUUAUUGAAAAGCACGGGGCCUUGGGCCGUUGCCGCGACACCGUCGAACAGCACAUGGUGGAGAAUCUCUGGAAACUGGCAAGCUUUGCCUUCGUCUCUGGCAUGCGAGAGAAAGGUCAAAACACCGUCGUAGCCUUGGUGAACAAGCAGCUUGAGGGCGAGCGCUCCUUGCAGAAGUCAGUCCUCUUCCAAUACGAGGUGCCGACGCUGGGGCUUGCUGCGUGGGGCAUGGGCUACUGGUCUCCGAAAGUGCUCCUGAUCGACUUGAAAGGCACGUGUUCCCGGACGAGCCCGGCGCUGCGCAGGCAGAUGUUUAAAGCUCUGAAACCCUGGUACCUGGACAGGAGGAAGGAUCACUGGAGCCCGCAAGAGUUUGCAGCGAAGUCUCGCAUCACCUGGCAGUGCUUGAAUUGUCCGAACUCCGUCUGUUAUCUCGAUCAGCAGCUGGCCUCGCGUGUGAAGACUAUACAGGAGGCGCAAAAAAAGAAGAUCGCGCGAGAUGAUGACUUGAUCAAUGCCGCGUGGCUCGGCAAACGUGACAAGGUCAAGAGACUGUUGAAGCAGAAGGCAGACAUCCGCUACCAGGAGCCUGUGAACGGUCAGACGGCCUUGCACUACGCUGCGAAGCACGGGGGUGUCGGGAUGGUUAGCUUGCUGCUCACGAAGAAGGCAGACAUCCAUUUGAAGGAUCGGGACGGCAAGACACCGUUGCAUGUGGCUGUAGAAGAUUUCGACGGGCACUCUCUUGCUGGGACGGACAUGGUUCACCUGCUCCUCAAGGGCAGAGCAGACGUAAACGCUCGCAAUGACAAGGGCCAAACUGCACUGCAAGUGGCACGCGAAAUGCGGGUCGACAGCCUGGACCCUGCGAUGGUUCGAAUGUUGCAAAGCUGGGAAGAAAACCUUCCCGAACAUCUUUCAGAGUAG